AUGUCUUCUCAUAUGGAUGAGGAUCAAGAUGAUAUGCAGAUCAGCAGAGUCUCCGACGUAAACGAUGCAGAAUGGCGCCAGACGCGCAACGAUCUUGCAGACUCGUUUCGUAACGAGCUAGAAAGAUUGUGCAACCUUGUGGACUGUAUUGAGAUGGCUCGCGCCUCCAAGUACUGGAUUCUGGACACGGUUCUUGAGCUUAAGAUUGAUCCUCGGCGUGGGUUAGACUUCAUUUUGCGUCUUGGAGACAGAGUAGCCAAUUCGUCCAGAAUCCACGGAUUUUGGCUCGAGGAUGGAGGCAGCACAGUCUUCAUUCGCAUGGGAGAGGAUUUCUGGCAAAGCACAAGAUGCGACAUGUUCCAGGGUAGUCGGGCUAUAAGCGCGGCAAAUAAUGAUCCUGUCGACUCUCCGAGACGAAUCCAGACAGUGAGAGUGUUCUGCGGCAAGAGCAUAAGGGAAUUGGAGUGGCGCUUCACCAAAGAGCACGAAAUCAUGGCACACUUCCUCCGAAUCAGUCUGAGACUCAAUCACAGAGACAUCACCAUAGUAAUGAGGUCGCUAGCUGGUAUCGGAGCGAAGUGGGAGUCAUUUGGAUGCCGCAAAAUCGAGAAAAAGCUCGAUGACGAGGUCCGCUCCUUCCCUGGAGGGAAGGCGAUCAUGGUCCGCGCUGCAUUCGAUGCAUUGAGGCGAGCUGUGGCGGAAGGAUUCCUCUACAAGCUCCCGAAAGCGUUUGCAGACUCUCGAAAGCUAGUAGAGCUGGGAGACGACCACAAAGUUUCUGCGGCGAACAUGUCAUUCCAGGGAAUCUGGACUGUCCUUGGCUCGUUCGAGAGCCGCAAGGCCAAAAACUUCCUCCGCAAGACUCAACCUUCAUUUUUCAAGCAAUGGGAUGGGGACGUCCACUGCGGUCCGCAGAUACAUGUCUUGGACAAGCUCAUUCAAGACCGGCGACACUGCUUCCUCGUACAGUUCCCGGGAGAGGGUGAGCCCGACAGUCGAACCGUGAUGCUCGCCAUGGACCAACUCCGAGACUCUCUUGGGGCCAAGCGCGAUUCCGAUGAUGUCGUCACUCUUCCUUUCCGAAUGGAUAAGAGAUCGAGCACAUGGUUCCGGGUUGAUGGAGACGAAGACGUGGAUUUUCGUCUCAAGGUCCUCUCUGAUAAACUCCGCAGAGCAAUCGACGCCGCAAUUGUUCCCGGUGCUAUCAAGAGCACUCAGCCAAUCCCUGAUCUGGCGGUUGCGGGACGAGCGCCAGCGACCAUCAUUAUCUGGGCCAGACAGAGCGGAGAAGAGACGCUGAAGGCAGGUUCGAUGUCUCGGCAACUUACAACGCUCCUCCAUGCCGUCUAUCCGUGGGUGAUACCCGGCGACCACUUGGAUGUUUUCGCUGAGACAUGUUCAACCAACAAACAUCCCCUCGAUGAUCGGAACAUGUGGAGAGGUCUCUUGCGGGACAAGCCAUUAUACAUCCUCACAACGAAUCCCGACAGGCUGACACGGCGCGCAGAAGAAGUCGAUCGCAUUUGUGCAGAGCUCAAAUCUCUAGGAGGAGGCUGGUACGUCCUCGGCGAUUCGCUUGGUUCUGAACAUUGGACCUCUACCUGGUACAAGUUAGAAGGGGCUACAGUGGAUGUGGUCAAGGCCAGACUCCAGCUAGGUCGGAAUAUUGCAAAAGAGGCAGGUUUCCAUGGGCGACAGUACCAAGCAACCAUCAGGCUGUGCGACUUCCUUGACAGAAACGAUAUUGCCGGACAAAGGCCGAAGCAAGCUCUAGAUCUUGCCAACGUCCUAAACCUCGUGAAGGAAGCACAUGGCUAUCGCCGUGUCCUGCUGGUAUCCCACAUAUCUCCUUCGUGGGCCGACAAGUCGGAGGUCAGCGUCGAUCCGUCGAUUACCAGGCAAAUCAAAGCACUGAGAACCCUAACCUCCGGUAUGAGCAACAGAUGUUCCUCAUUCAGGUGCCAAAAGGAGUCCAAGCACAAAAGAACAUUCAUCGAUCAGCUUAUGCGACGAAUCAAAGGUCUGCAUGGUCGUACCCUGGUCAUGACUGUCAGUGUAGAUCGAGUCUGUUCCGACAUGUCGGCGUACAAGAGACUGAAGGAUGCACUCGAAUAUGGUGGGAAUGGUCUCCUUUCCUUUACUUGGGACCAUGAGACCUUACUCGAUGUCUCAGAAGCUCUGCAGUUGGGAGCUCCCUGGAAUGGGAGGCCCGAGGUCGCGGCAUGGGAAGAGAGUCUUAAAUCGCAAGAGCGAGCACCCCGAGUUUCGACGAACCUUCCCAUGAUUCAACCUAUCCUCUGGAUCGGGGGCAAUCGCCAGCAGGCCAGCUCUCCUGCUUCCUUGGCUGGCGAGCGCCAUGUCCAACAGGCGCAGAACUUCAUUCAAGCUUUCAGCAUGACAAAGUUCCAGGGCUACGCUCACACCGAAAAUGAGCUGCUGAGGGAAAAUGGCAAGUAUACCACCAAAAAGGAUGAGCAGAAGUGGAAGAAAUAUGUCGUGAGGCGAGGGCGAACAUGGGGCAAUGACGGUGUCAACGGUAAUGGGGGAGACGACCAGGCCAGAGAUGAUAGCGGAAACGAUGAGGCCGGUGAUAUGCCAGAGCAAAAGAACUCUCGGACGUGCUUGGGUCAAGGAUGCGACACCGAGCUUCCUCUGAAGGGCUCGAGAACAUGCCGAGCUUGCAUUGAGGAGAGGAAUAGGAGUCGCGAAUGCUGGAAUCCAUCAUGCCAAAACAACGCUCCACAUCCAGGACCGAAAGCUUGUGCUACAUGCCAAGGACAAGGCCCCGGAUCGAAGUGGUAUGAUGACACUCCUGGUCUGUUCAGGAGAUGCGACAUCCGAGGCUGCAAUGAAUUGGCUCCGGUCGGCGAGAGGCACGGUCUAUACUGCAGCGACAGGUGCAGGAUACUUGGGAAGGUGCAGAAGUUGCGGGAGCAGGCAGCGAAUGCACCGGACGCAGCGGGGAAUAGGUAA